UAAAUUAUAAUGCUUAGUUAAAGCAUUUUAAAUUUAAAAUUUUACCGCCAAUUAGUAGUUAUGCUACCAUACAAACACUCUUGCAAAGCCAUUGCAUAAUCAAUUCUGCUGUUUUUGUAUAACAGACAUAACCUUAUCCAAUAUAUAAAAUUACUUUUAAAUAAGUGUGCCAAAAAUUAUAAAAAACAGUGUUUAGUUAUGUUUUACGAUGGAAAGUGAACUUAAAAUUAGUCCCCCCAAUAGUUUUGACUUUCCAUUUCAACCGUAUCCUAUUCAACAUGAGUUUAUGGAAAACUUGUUUUCGGUGUUGGAAAACAAAAAAUUGGGAAUAUUUGAGAGUCCUACCGGAACAGGAAAGUCUCUUAGUAUAAUAUGUGGGGCUUUAAAGUGGCUGCAUGAUCGUAAUAAAACUAAUGAAGAACUGCUUAAGUCUGAAAUAGAAAUAUUGGAAAAGAAAAAAGCAGAACUCGAGUCUGAGACUGCAGAUUGGCUCACAUCAAAAUCUGAAGAAAUAAAUGUUACUAGAAAAAUCAAUUUAUUAAAAUUAAAGCAUAAAAGUAUGGCAGAAUAUUAUCAAAAGUUUGAAGAGUUAAACUCUAAGAAGAAACAAGUUAAACUAAAGAGGCAGUGGAAAAAGACUAGGAAUAACGAAAGCGAAAGUGUUGAUGGUGUCAACGAAUCUUUACAAGAAAAUUCAGAGGAAAUUGAAGAAGAUGCUUUACUUGAAGAGCUUAUACCCACUAGUAGAGAAGACUCAGAUGAUGAGGACCAAAAGGAAGAUGUGUAUGAACCUAUUAAGAUACUGAUUUGCAGUCGAACUCAUUCCCAAUUGUCGCAAUUAAUAGGAGAGAUUAUAAAAUCGCCUUAUGGUAAAAAAACAAGAGCAAUAACUUUAGCUUCCAGGCAAAAUUAUUGUAUUAAUCCUUCAGUCAAUAAAUUAAAAAUUGGAACAUUAAUUAAUGAAAGGUGUUUAGAUAUGCAAAAGAAAGAAAAGAAAUCUGCAAAAAUAGUAGACGCGGAUGGCAAAGCAAUCAAGCGGCGCAAAACCGAGAGUUGCAGUUGUCCUUUCUAUAAACAGAUGGCGAUAGAUGAUCUAAAAGAUCAAGCUCUUUUAGAAAUAUGUGACGUUGAGGAUCUAGUAGGUUUAGGAGAACAAAUACAGGGUUGUCCUUAUUAUGCAAGUCGAAAGGCAUCUGAAGAUGCUGAAGUAGUUUUAGUACCAUAUAAUACACUACUUCAUAAAGCAACUAGGGAAGCUAAUGCAAUAAAAUUAAAAAAUAACGUUAUUAUUAUCGAUGAAGCGCACAAUUUACUUGAAGCGUUAGCUCAAAUGUAUAGUUCAGAAGUUAAUUUGGAGCAGUUGGAGUUAACUUUACAGCAGUUGAAAAAUUAUAAACAACGUUUCAGUAGUUUUUUUUCAGCACAAAAUUUGCUUUGUAUUAAUCAGUUGACCUUCGUGGUGAACAAAUUGCUUUCAUUUUUAGCUAAAAAUCUUGAUCCAAAAUCUGAUGAUAUUAAAACGCAAAUUUUCACCAUUCAAGAUUUCGUACUUCAAGUUGGCAUUGACAACUUUAAUAUUUUUAAACUUUUAAAAUUUUCUAAAGACAGCCGAAUAGGACAAAAGAUUCAUAGUUAUACUAAAAAAAAUCCACAAGUUUUUGAGAAAAAAGAGGUAGAAAAAAAGGGGUUGAAACAAUUUUUAUCCAAUAUAGAAAAGAGUAAAAACAAGCCGGAAGAAAAAAAUAAUGAUAAUGAUGACAAUAGUAAGCCAAAAUUAAAUUUCGGAAAUCCGUUUUUUGUUUUCGUACAAUUUUUGGAAAGUCUCACUUAUUCUUACGAAGAUGGACGCAUUAUUAUGUAUCAAAACAAGGAAAAGAAACAAUGUAAAUUUAGCUUUUUAUUGCUAAACCCAGCGGCCCAGUUCAAGGAUAUAAUUUCAGAAGCCCGAGCUGUUGUCGUGGCAGGUGGCACCAUGAAGCCACUGUCAGAAUUUAGGGAUAGACUCUUUAUCAGUGCCGGUGCUUCCCCUGAUAGAAUUGUUCAUUUCACUUGCGAUCACGUUAUACCGAAAGAAAAUAUUUUACCCCUUAUUGUAACGAAGGGCCUUAAUAAUGAAAAUUUGCUGUUUAACUUCGAAAAUAGGAUGCAUAUGGGUAAUGUUUUGAAAGACGUUUUUUGUGAAAUUUGUAAAAAAGUUCCCGGUGGAAUUGUAGUAUUUUUUCCAUCGUAUAAAUAUGAGUCUUGGGUUUGGGAGCAGGUUAAAACACUGUCUUUUGGUAGGCCGGUGUUUAGGGAACCCCAAGAUUCUGGUUCUGUUGAUUCAGUAUUGGAAUCUUAUGCUUCGGCCAUUAAAAAAUCGGGAAGCAAAGGUGCUCUCUUGUUCAGUGUUGUGGGAGGGAAACUGAGCGAAGGGUUGAAUUUUAGCGACGACUUGGGACGAUGUGUAGUUGUAGUAGGCCUUCCGUAUAGCAAUAUUAAUUCCCCUGAGUUGAAGGAAAAAAUGACUUAUUUAGAUAAAAAUCAUGGCUCUGGAAGCGGUAAAAGUUUUUAUGAAGCCCUCUGUACUAAGGCUGUAAAUCAGUGUAUUGGUAGGGCUGUGAGACAUAAAGAUGAUUAUGCGACAAUGAUUUUAUUGGAUGUGAGAUAUGAUAGGCCGUCGACAAAAGCGUCUCUACCAGACUGGAUAAAAAGAUCUUUGAAAACGUGUGAUUUUUCUCAAGCAUGUUCGUUGAUAGAACAGGUAAUAAAAUUAAUACUAACACUAAUAUAUUAGUUGAAAAAGUCCGGUUUAUAUUGGUCGUGGUUCAGGAUUGGUUUUUCUUUUUUCGAUGAGUCCGUGGAUGAAGUAAUUUAUCCUAGGUUUCGCCAGCUGCUGUGGUUGUCGAGGGCGUAAAUCCUUCCAUGUGGUUGUACUCAGUCUCUUCACGUUUUCUGAUGAGGCCAACCACAGCAUUUGGCGAAACGUCGGAUAAAUGAUUCCAUCCACAGACUCACGGAAGGAUGAGGAGAAGCAAACCUGGAUCAUGCUAAUCUAUCCCGAAUAUCGAACCCUUUUCAAAUAACGCUGGCCAUGAAAAAAAAAGCAUUUUCAUCAAUAUUUUGGGGGUCUGCAAAAUGUUCUGCAUCCAUAAAGGUGUUUGUGAAAAUCCCAGAUACCCUGUGUUCAUUUCUAUGAAAUUGUACUUUCACUUUUUGACGUUUUUU